CUGGAAUUGAAAUGUAAAUAUAAGACUGUAUUUAAGUGCUCAUCUCUGCACUGGAGGGGUGAAGCUACAGGCUGACACUUGAAAGAGUAGAAGACAUUCUACAGACAGAGACAUUAAAUAUCAUCAUGAAGCUGCUGACUGCAUCUGCACUUCUUUGUGCAAUGAUGGCUCUGACCGCUGCUGAGGAUGAGUGUUAUGUUCUCAAGAAGUCCUCAUCCUGUCCCUGUGAUUGGACUGAGUACAACGACCAAUGCUACUUGUAUGUUUCUACACCCUUAGCCUGGGGCGAUGCUCAGAAAAACUGUCAGUCCAUGAGUGCAAACCUUGCAUCUGUACAGAGCCUUGAGGAAUACCAGCUGAUUCAGAGGCUGAUAUCGUCCGGUGGACGAACAUGGAUUGGUGGUUCUGAUGGUCAAAAGGAAGGUUAUUGGUUUUGGAUUGAUGGAACACCUCUCAAAUAUACAAACUGGUGUCAGAAGGAGCCUAACAAUAUGGGGGGCAAUGAGCAAUGCAUGGAAAUGAAUUUUUCAGGAGACAAGUGUAUGAAUGAUCAGAAUUGCCAGGACCAAUUCCCAUCUGUCUGCAUCAAGAGAAAGUGAUGAUUCCUGGGCUGACAUGAAGGCACAGAAACAAAUCUUCUCAUAUAUCACUCAAACUAUCUGUUUUCACAUCUUUAUGUUUUUCUUUUGCUGUAACAGUGCAUAAGGAAUGAAGCGACAAGUGACAUAAAAUAGAGUGUGAUUGUGUCUUUUAAAAGGAGUAAGUGAAAUGUGUGAUUGAAAGAAUGCUUUUAGCAAAAAACUUAAAAACAAAAACAAAAAAAAACUUCUUUCUCAUUUUCUGCAUCAUUAAAAUAUAAAGCAUUGAA